AUGGGGGCAAGAUUGGAACAACAACCAAUUCAACGGGAAGUCCCUGAAGAACAACCAAGGAGAGUGAUAAUGGUUAAUAGAGACCAGGAUGCAGACGAAGUGAUUCAUAGGGUCAGACGGGAAAACAUGUUGGAAAAUGACUUAACUAGUAUGAUAGAGAGAAUCAUGGCCCAGAAUGGUCUGAACACAGGACUUCGACGGCCAAAUUAUUCCUGUCCUUUAUCAGAAUAUGUCCUACAAACAGAAUUACCAAGGGGUUGUAAAGUCCCUAAGUUCACCAAAUUCUCAGGGGACACUAGUGAAUCCACUGUAGAACACAUAGCCAGAUACAUGACUGAGGCAGGGGAUUUGGCGAACAGUGAGAACCUAAGGAUGAAAUAUUUCCCUAGUUCUUUAACAAAGAACGCCUUCACGUGGUUUACAACUUUGCCACCAAAUUCUAUAGAUGCUUGGCCUCAGUUGGAAAGAUUGUUUCAUGAAAAAUUCUGCAUGGGCCAAACUAAGAUAAGUCUUAAGGAAUUAGCCAGUAUCAAAACAAAAUUCACCGAACCUAUAGAUGAUUAUCUGAAUAGGUUCCGUUUGUUGAAAUCUAUAUGCUCUACAAUAGUGUCUGAACACGAGUUGGUCGAAAUGUCCGCUGGAGGUUUAGACUAUUCCAUCAGGAAAAAGUUAGAUACCUAG